UCUUUGUGCGGACUUUCUAACGACUAGGUUUUAAGAACCUGUCGUUUCGUCUCUUCUGGACGGACGGACCCUAGUGUAGAGAAGAGUUUCGAGGGCAUGAGCCUGGGAACAAGGAAAUGUAUAUCGACACUUGCCUACACUGCUCGUUCAGUCGUCCUUCGUCUUAGUGGGAUAUGACUAUGAUAAUUGGUCAUUCAUUAUCCACUUGUUGUGGGCAAAGAGUGUCUUGCGGGAAGAAAGAAGAGAAAUGGAGCUGGCCUGGCUGUCUGGGGACUAUCGGUAGUGCUUCCCCACCUGGUUAGGGGAAGAUGGCUCUAGCGCUGGGUGGAAAAUCAUUCUUCUAUGUUGGAGUCUAAUAGCACAGUGUGUGGAUAGUGAGGAACGAUCAAACAUUUUAUGGGGGCAUGUUGGGCCCGUUCUCUUUUAGAUCCUCAUGUCCUAUCUCUUUUCGGGUGACACGCGGUACCACCUUUCUUCAUUGCAAGUUGAGCGAGAGGCAGCAAUUCUGGAAUCUCCCGCCCUCCACUAUCAGAAUGGUCUCCGAUCAAUGAAAGAAAGUAAUGUGCUUCUCGCCUUAGCCGCCGCCUUAGCCUUCAGAGUGGUGGUGGUUGUUGUCGUCAAACCCCUCCCUUGUUGGGUUUCCGUGAUUAGCCAUGAAUUCGAUGGAUAGCGUAAUAUCAAUUUCUCGGCCUCGUCAGCGGCUUCCAAUUGCUCGGAAAUGAUCAGCAGUUAUAUAAGGGGGGGCUUGGAUGGUGAGCAAAAACAAUUGAACAAGACAUGUAGUACUUGGAUCUGAUGUAAAUGGAUUAAGCCUCCACCCCUAAUAAGCGUUAACUUCAAUGCAUGUACCAGCCGUUGUCACAAGGAAAUAUUUAUGAACUUCAUUAUAUGCAUUCUGUUCAUACAGUUGGACUGCUAACCUAAGUAUUUACAAAGCUAUUUGCAUUUUAUCUUCUAUCUUCUGUGGUACCCCAUGGGCGUGUGUCUGUUUGUGUGUAUGAAUGGCAAAUGCAUGUCUUAUGUGCCUCUUGCAUGCACAUACAGUUCAAGUGCAUGUGUCAUUCAUGUGUUAACGUGCAUGUGUGAAGGGAAAAAUCUAUAAUGUUGUUCUUUGAUCGUUAAUGGUAUGACAAUCUUAAUGGUAGGAAAAUUACUGUGUUCUGCAGAAAGAAAUUAGUUCAACCUGGUUAUGUUUUCUUAUUGGAAUGAAGUAAGAACACACUACAUGCACUCGUAAUUGAUGCCACAAGCCUCAUUGAAGUCAUGUGCUCGUAUGUUGCUUCCUGUCCUAGACGAAGUUAUCAUCUCCAACUUUUUGAUAUAUCAGCCUUUCUUUUGUAUUUGUAUGGCAAAUUACUGUGUUCUGCAGAAAGAAAUUAGUUCAACCUGAUUAUGUUUUCUUAUUGGAAUGAAGUAAGAACACACUACAUGCCACAAGCCUCAUUGAAGUCAUGCGCUCUUGAAAUUUCACUGUUGAACACGGAAGGAUACCCUGUUGCAGCAUGCUUAGAGAUAAGGUUUUACUUUGGGUAUACAAUGUUCACAUAUUUCCAGGAUAGUUACAAGUCCAUCUGAUUCUCUUCUCAUUGAACUUCAAUACUGGAGGCCACUCAAUUAUAUAUAUCUGGGGCCCCAUGUUUGUUCUGGUUGAGAAUCUUGACUUGCCCAAUAUUAAUGGAAAUCCAAAAUCAAUGGGCCAUAUCAUAUUGUUAAAGGUGAUUUAAGAGGAGCAAAUCGAUGGGGCAUAUUGUUAAUUGAUUGGCGGUAAUUUAAGAUCAGGAGCUCAACACAAAACAUCAACAGAGACAGCAACGACGUGACUAACUCUCUAUGCUCUAAAUUAAUGCCCUUCACUUCCUUCAGUUUGCCGCCCAUUUAAUUGGCAGGGGGAGGGAGAUGAUGAAAGCCUUUCCUCGACAGAGAUAUCACAGAGAUACAUAUCUAUAUCCAAUAAAGUGCUUUUAUUGCGCAAAAGGUGGUGGGCUCACUGAAUCAGAGCAAACAGCUACUGAACAGCUGAUCAUCAGCAUAUGGCAUGGGAAAGUGGGGCCACUGACAAAACAGUGAAAAAAUUUUGCAACUACCCAAACAUAUAUGUGAUAAGACGCACCCAAGUCAAGGAACAGGCUAUGUUUCCGUCAUCCAAGUGAUGAAGACUCAUAUGGUAGUGGGGGGAGAUAUAUGGCAAGGGCCAAGCAGUUUCAUGGAGGAGAUUGCAAGGGAUAGAGAGAGAGAGAGAUGAAGACGGAGGGCCAGGAUUUAACUGGUGAAUAGUGUGUUUUUGACGAUGGAGCCAAAGUUGGAAUGACUCAAGCACAACCAUUUCUUCUUCUUUGGUGGUCACAGAAUAGAACCGUUGUACUCUUUCAAUUUCAGUUCACAGAGAGGGAAGAGAGAGCGGCGACAAAAUGGAAAUUCAUUAAUCAAAUUUGAGUGAGAAAAAGACACCGAAAACAAAAAGUCAAGAACUUGGAAAUUCUUCCAGAUAACCUUUACUUGAGGCACUGGAGACAUUACGGUUACUAGCAAAGGAAGACAAAGGAAAGAAAUUGAUUUCUCAAACACAUGCAAUGCCAUUAGCAGUAAGACUCAUGUCAAUUCCACGGGAACAGCUUGCAGCAGUGUCAUUGUUGCUAGAGCCAUCAAAGAACAAUUUAUCUUUAUGUGAGAAAAUUGGCUCCAGGCCUGGCGCCAUUCUGAUUGAAUGGUAGCUGAAAAAGCAAACAUGACCCAAACAACUUGGUGAAGUGUCCAAAAAAUAUCAAGACCAUGGCAGAAAAUGGACUUUGGAACCUCUUCUCAGCAACCUGAUUGAAGAUAACAAUGGGGAUACCUAUUGAGCAUGGGCUGCCUAUAGACAAUCUUUUGGAUCUUGCACAUGCACCAUUCACUCACACAUCUACCUUUGCAAAAGGAUGCAGCGUACCAAGCCUAGUGAAGUUCCUAACACCAGAAAAUGGACUACAAGGGCAUUGGGAUCCAUAUCCAAUUGACAUGGAGUUCGGGCCACCUUGUAUGGUAAUAUCAGCCAUCGGAAUUUCUAAGCCAGGGAGGUUAGAGGGACAGAACACGAGGCAGUGCUCCACCCAUCUACAUCAACUCCACGUGUGUCUUCCUUCAACAAGGCAGAAAACAAGACUUUUAUACAGGAUGUCUUUUGAUUUUGCUCCAUUUCUCCAACACCUCCCCUUCAUGCAAAUUCUGUGGAGGCAUUUUGCAGAAAAGGUCUUAAAUGAGGAUCUAAGGCUUGUGGAAGGUCAGCAAGAGCGGAUGAUCAAUGGGGCAAAUGUUUGGAACCGGCCUAUGUGGUGAAUGAGGCCAAAAAUGCGCUGAAACUUUUGCGAAUGCUGUGUUUGCUGAAAGAAUGAGAUUACACCAUAGUUGUAUCUCAUUUCCGAGCCAGUGAACAUCCAAGUUUCAUGUCCGAAUCAAAAUGAACGAAGCCGGAAAAAUGAGAGUUGAUUCUGUUGGACUUAGUAAAACGUAGCUGGCGAGAGCCAGUGUGUUGAACCAUUCAAAUUUUAAGAUACCGAUACGUGUCAGAAAUUUUGGAAAAACAAUCUAUGAAAUACUUUUCCUUUUCCAAACACAGGAGAACGGUUUUGUCGUUGAUGCACGUGAAAGCAGCCGUUGCGUCAAGUCUUCCCUUGAAAAAAAGCGUGAAGGCUCGUGUCCAGACUUGUGUGGAAGGUGCCCAUUCAAGAAGCUGCAUGGAAUUAUAUUAUUUAACUGGUUUUCAAGGUGCCCAUUCAAGAAGCUGCAUCGAGCAAGAUGAAUGACUGAUCUUCUUUAGGAAAGCUUCAUUGCAUUAGAUUCUUGUCCAGAGUUUUCUAAAUCAGGGGUUUUUUAGGUAAGCGGUUUUCCAAAUUCUUUAAACUCUUGUUCAUCCAACCCACGGGAGAAGAACCAAAAAGAAAAAAAAUUAUGGAAAGGGCCACUAGUAUUUCAAGAAAACUUGGAGAAUGAAAGUCUUAUAAAAAACAUAUAUAUAGAAGAAGAACAGAUCUAUCUACGUCUUUCAAAUAAAGACGUGGGGAUGCCGAUAAAAGCUGUUGUUCUACUAUAGGACCAAAGAUUUCAAAAUAGUUGGGACACUACCAAACGGCGACCACUAAAGAAUCUAAGUGAUAUUGAUAUGUAUCGGUGUCUAUUAUCAUAUUUGUUUUUUAUUUAAUUCAAUAAGAUAACAAGCAAAAAAUAAAUAAACCGAUAUUAAAUUCUAGUUGCAUGGAUAAAAGGCUCGACAAAUCAUUAAUUAGAAUAAAAGUAACUAUAUAUUUGACGAUGAGGUCGCGUUCGAUGUUGAUAUGAGGGUUGAUUUCGGAUCUAAAAUCCGAAGUUUUUUAAAGAAGUUGUGUUUGUUUUUACUUCAUCGGGGUUUCAUUUCAUCAUUUUUUUUUAGCUCUCUUUCUCUCUCUGGUGCACCAGCGGGAAAGCCGAUCGGUGAGGGGAGCAGCAGUGGAGCGCACCCAGCGGCUGGAUGAUCACCGUAGGGCCAAGCACCAGUGGGUGUCGACCGUGUCCACUUGGGUCAAAGACGAAGAAUGAAUCCGAUCUUUUGUUGGUGCAUGGGUUCCACUGACGUACAAAUAUCCAAGUAGAUGGAACAUGAAACUGAGCAAUGAUUAUAUAUGUUGAUGCCAAGACGUGCUUAAAUGUUGAAGUGGCCACAAGUGUUGACGGCUAGCUAAAUUUUAUUGAUGUAAGAAAAAAAAGUAACUUUUCUGAA